UUCAUUAAUUAAAUCCUGUGCUUAGAUCGAACUGUAACAUUAUUCCAAUCACAUUUGUCUUGCAGGCGGUAGAGGAGAUGGCAGCCUCGCUGGAAACGCGCGGGGGAGCCUGAGCCUGCGGCCGGAGACGCACGGCGCGCCGCUUCAGCGCCGCGGCGCCGCGCAGACCCUCCGUCUCCCUGCUCAGCCUCGCGGGCCCGCUCUCCCCUGCCUCCGGGGCCCGGCUUCUCUCUGGGGCUCCUGCCCGCCCCUACCUCCGGGCCCCUGCGCGGCUCCCCAGCCCGGUCCCCCUCCCCCCCGGCACAUACGCUGACACGCGCGCGCGAACACACACACUCACACACACACUGACACGCCAGCGAGCUGCUGGCCGCUCAAUGGACCGAUUUCCCCGCUUUUCCUGAUCCCAAGCCGGCCCGGGAUGAGAAAUUGCAAAAUGGCCCGGGUCGCCAGUGUGCUGGGGCUGGUCAUGCUCAGCGUCGCCCUGCUGAUUUUAUCGCUCAUCAGCUACGUGUCCCUGAAAAAGGAGAGCAUCUUCACCACUCCCAAGUACGCCAACCCGGGGGCGCCCCGAAUGUACAUGCUCCACGCGGGAUUCCGGUCGCAGUUUGCGCUGAAGCUUCUAGAUUCGUCUCUGGUGCCCUUCCCGCAUUCUGUGACCCAUGAACUCCAAGCCAGACCUAAGUGGACAUUUAAUCGGACAGCGUUUUUACAUCAAAGGCAAGAAAUUCUUCAGCAUGUCGAUGUAAUAAAAAAUUUUUCUUUGACCAAGAAUAGUGUUCGGAUUGGACAACUGAUGCACUAUGAUUAUUCCAGCCAUAAAUAUGUUUUCUCUAUUAGCAAUAACUUCCGAUCACUGCUUCCAGAUGUGUCUCCCAUUGUGAAUAAGCGUUAUAACAUUUGCGCUGUGGUUGGAAAUAGCGGGAUCCUGACAGGGAGCCGGUGUGGACCACAGAUAGAUAAGUCAGAUUUUGUUUUCCGUUGCAAUUUCGCCCCUACGGAGGCUUUCCAAAGAGAUGUUGGAAGGAAAACCAACCUUACCACCUUCAACCCCAGCAUCCUGGAAAAAUAUUACAACAACCUUUUGACCAUUCAGGACCGUAACAACUUUUUUCUCAGUUUGAAAAAGCUUGACGGGGCCAUUCUUUGGAUCCCUGCCUUUUUCUUCCAUACGUCGGCCACUGUUACCAGGACAUUAGUUGACUUUUUUGUUGAACACAGAGGUCAGUUAAAGCUCCAGUUGGCUUGGCCUGGAAAUAUAAUGCAACAUGUCAACAGGUACUGGAAAAACAAGCACUUGUCGCCCAAACGGCUGAGCACGGGUAUUCUCAUGUACACCCUGGCGUCAGCAGUCUGUGAGGAGAUCCACUUGUAUGGAUUCUGGCCUUUCGGAUUUGACCCCAACACAAGGGAAGACCUUCCGUACCAUUACUAUGACAAAAAAGGAACCAAAUUUACCACCAAGUGGCAGGAGUCCCACCAGCUGCCGGCCGAGUUUCAGCUGCUGUACCGAAUGCAUGCGGAAGGGCUCACCAAGCUGACUCUGUCGCGCUGUGCCUGAGAACUCCGAGCCGGAGCGCCCGACGGCCGGUUUCAAAGUGCCCGACUCACACCGAGUAGCCCGUCAGAAUAGACAGACCCCCAGAGAGUCUCACAUAAGGACCGUCUGCCCCUUAAGAGCAAAGGGGCCUUCUCUCCCCUUCUCCCUGCUCUUUUAAGGGUCUUAGCAAGACAGAUGCUUUGAAGCCUCGUGAUCUAAACUUGAUAAAGGGACGGUUGCAUUGGGAACUCUGCUGCUAACGAAAUGGUUUGAAGUAUUUUCACGUGUGUAUUUUAAUAAUAAACUGCCUCCUAUUUAUUUUCUUUCUAGUGAGGACUAGAGCUGUAGUGUCUACAGCUUUGCUCAGAGUCCUCGCAACCAGAGGCCUCUGGGCAGAGGUUUGGGCAGGAUUGCAGUUUUGCCUGGAUGGGAUCACACUCUUUGAAAUGAAAACAUAAAAAACUGGUUUGUGAAUAUCCUCUCUCUCUUCCUCUCUUCUCCCCCCUUGCCCCUCCCACCCUCUCCCUUCCACCCCCUACAACCACUUUCCUGGCUCCACCACCAUGGAGUUUUAUAUUUGGCUAGGAGUCAUGUUGAAAUAGCUUUGCUUGUAUGUCUUGCAUCUGUAAUUGAUACGUUCAAGGCUCUGGGUAACUGAUGUUUCAUAACAAACUGACGGGUCAUGACGGAUCCCCUGUGGUUCCUUUUAUAAGAAAUGCCCCUCGGGAAGUUCUCACUGGCCCAUGCAGCCAUCCUGCAGCAGAGCAGCUCCUCUCUGCCGGGAGGCACGUGAUCCAGGGCAUUUCUGACCAUCACUACAAAGCCUGUGGCGCCGCGGGUGGCAUCUCGUCUCGUGACCUGAGUGCCAUUAUGGCAAAUCAUCCUGAUGCCACACCUUCAAGGGCGUUCCAGCCUGGGCGCAGUGCCUCCCACAGUCCCAACCCAAGCACUGGACUGGGAAUUCCCCCAGAACGUAGAGGCGGGGAGUCAGCUCAAGUCUGGUACUUAUAGAAGAGGAAGGAAGGAGAAUACUUAGAAGCUGUUAUGGAUCCCAUAGCCCCUGAGGUGUUGUAACUGUGGUCAGGGUCUCUGAGAACCAGCUGGGUCAAAGCAGAGGAGGUGCUCUGAGGCUGGCCAGGCCCCCACGUGAACGGCGCUGAGGCAAGGGCAUCCUGAGUGUCACUGUGUCCAUCAGACCACUCCAGAACUCCAAGGCAAUUGUAGACAUCAGAUAUUCCCUCUUUCCGCUGAAACUGGCUCUACAAAUCUAGCAUUUCAAAAGGAAAAGCCACUGCUUUGUGGCAAGACUGGUACUAAACGAACCCUUGGAACUGGAGAUGUGUGGGCCUGCUGCAAGGGGUUCACCAGCUGUUCCCCUUUCAGCCUUAGGAGUAGAAAUCACGUCACUGCUGUCCCCAGCUUUUCACUGAGCAGCAUUUGUUCUUCCAGUUCAGCCCAAAGUCUGGCCAAGUCGAUGUUAAAUUUUAAUAAGAGUUUCUUUCUUCUCUCCAAAUGCCAGUCAAGCACAUUUAUAAUACAUGUGGGUGGGGUAGCUUGUUCUUUAACAGAAAUCUCAUCUAGAUUGCUUGUAACGUUACAAAUACUGUUUAAAAUCAUUGCUAUUGUUCAGUAAGCAGCUCACUGCCCCUCCUUGGGAAGGUACCAUCACGCUGAAAAUCAAACCAAAUAUAAGUCUGAUUUGAUAAGGAAAGAUGCGGUUCUUAUGCUCAUGUUCUGCCUGGCUCUGAAGAGAAGCUGUUUUAUUCUAAUUUUUCCCAGAAAGCUAAUCAGGGCAGCUUACAUAGAACCAGAUGCUAACCAGUGACAGAAAACUCAUACAGACCCAGAUGUGUUACCACUGGUGACACAGCUCACUCCGUUGUGUGAGUGACAAUCAUCCAAACAGACAGGAAGACAUCAGAAUGGAUGGUUUGCAGUGGGAAGCCACUGAAACAACCCGAUACUUGAAAUAAUUAGAAGGGGAGAUAUCCAAAACACUUCUAAAUGCAAUGAUACAGUUCGAUGGGCACCCAGACCACAUGCUUAUUCCCUUAUCACUUUAAAGAAGAAAGUACUACAGUAAAAAAGAAAAGAAAAAGAAAGAGGAAAGUACUACAGUCUUCGUGCUGUUCUCUGUUAGGGUCACAGGAGAUGGGAAACUGACAGGAGUGUUUAGUUGGAUCUUCCAAAGCACUUAGUUCAUCUGGUUUCAGCUAAGUGAUAAUGCCAAUAUUAGGAUGAGAUGGUUGGAUGCCAUCACCGACUCUAUGGACAUGAGUUUGGGUAGGCUCCGGGAGUUGGUGAAGGACAGGGAAGCCUGGUGUCCUGCAGUCCAUGGGGUUGCAAAGAAUCGGACACGACUGACCGACUGAACUGAACUGAAUAUGGGCCAGAUCCUGACUCUGGAGUUUUAAUGCCAAUGUGCCCACUAGAUUUCACUAAAUAUGUGGACACUUUGAGCCGGGCAGGUUAAAAGAGCAAAAGACCAGAAUCUCUAAAGUCAGUUAAUUGUUCUAUUUGUGGACCAUUUAAAUUAGCUGUCAUCAGAAUGGCAAGUUUGGGGGUUUUUCUUUAAGUUUCAGGAAGACUGAGUAAAUCUCACUUCACUCUUGGCUCCCUUUUAACCUAGAGUGAGAGGACUCUGUCAUCUCCCACCAUCAUUUUCAUCCAUCACUUUCACAAAAACUCAACAUGCUGAGGAAACAGACCUGUUUCCCAGAACCAGGAUGGAGAGAUGAGGCUUAUCUCCUGUUCCCAGGUAGGACUUCCUGGAGCUGAUCCCAAAAGACCACCUUCCCCUUCAUCUUUAAAAAUCUCUGAAGACAAUCCCAAGCCCUCCCAUUGUGGUUAACCACAAUUCUCAUAAUUUAUCCAUUCUUUAUAUGCAGGCUUUAUCCUUCUAUUGCAAAAAACCAAAAAACUAGAUUCAGCGUGUGGUUAAAGCAUUGAUCUCAGUUUUCAGCAUGUAGUCAGCACUCAAUAUAUGGCACCUUUUACUGUUAUUUUUAUUGGUUAGUUAUGCCCUUGACCUACAGUUUCAGCAUAGAGAAAAUCAGCCUCUAGCUGAUGAUACAAAAAGUCUUUUUGUUUUUAAAGACUGUUCAAAAGAUUAAACCUAUAUAACUACUGUCUUGACCAAAAGAGUUGGUGGGUCCUGUGAGCCCAAUUGAGGGAGGCAAUGGUAUAAAUAGCCAGGAUCUCCAAGGCUGUGUGGUCAACAGCAGUGACGUGGGCAGACAGGCCUGUGGGUCCUCCUUCCUGAUUCGGCCUCAGGUACCAAUCCCUGGUUUUCCCAUUGACUUUGCUCUACUGGUUAUAGGUUAAGGGCAUCCUUUUGUCAGAACCUUUCUUCUUUUUGGUGGCUCAGAUGGUAAAGAAUUCAUCUUCAAUGCAGGAGACCCAGGUUCAAUCCCUGGAUAGAGAAGAUCCCCCGGGAGGAGGAAAUGGCAAUCCACUCCAGUAUUCUUGCUUGGAGAAUUUCAUGGACAGAGGAGCCUGGCAGGCUACAGUGUCCAUGGGGUCACAGAGAGUCAGACAUGACUGAGCAACUAACACUUCUUUUUUUCAGAUACUCAUGGCAGAGUCCUAACCCUAACACGCACUAUUGGAAUAAAUAUCACCAUAAAGCCCCCAAGUCUGUCUUCAUGUGACACCAACACAAAUGACCGAUUCAGUUGCACAGAAAAAAAAAACACACAAAAAAACACAAACCCACAAACAUUUAACAAGCUGCUUAACGCUACUCCCUCAGUUUUCAUCAGUCGUUCUGAGUGUCCUGUGCAGACGUGCAGAUCCAGGGGAGACAGAGUUAAAGUGUUGUGUUAAGAACCCCUCCCACACCCAGAAAAUCUUCUCCAUAUGUGAUGAUUGAACCUCUGCAGUUCCUCUGCCUUUGCUUCUGUCUUAAGUGUCCUUGACCGUUGUACAAGUGCCGUGCAUUUAGCAGUGUGUGUGCCUAGCAGGGCUGGCGGUGACCACCGGGCCAUCCGUGUGACUCUGAUGGCAGGCCCCCGACCAUGGCGCUACCAGCCAGGUUGUGAAGGGAGAGGGUCCCCUGACCUCCUUGUGCCCAGGCCUCCAGUUAGCCAGUUAUCCGCAGAUGUGAACGUCGGAAGUAACCUGACUGGGUGGGGAAGUGGAGGAAGAGAAAAGCUUUUCUUUUGACUUGGGUUGUUGUUCUAAGUCAUGUCUGACUCUGUGACCCCAUGGACUGCAGCACGCCAGGCCUCCCUGUAACUUUGCUGUCUCCCGGAGUUCGCUCAAAUUCAUGUCCAUUGAAUCAGUGAUGCCAUCCGACCAUCUCAUCCUCUGCCACCCUCUUCUCCUUGACUUGGGCAAAGUACUAAUGUUUAGACACACUCAGUCAGCAAAGAGGUGUUGAUGUGAGGGCUAAGGCAGCAGGGACAGAAUUCUAGAGACCUAGGACACUGGGAACGGAAGAGCCUUUUGGUAUCUCUGGUCCUAAUCCUUGACUUUCCAAAUGAGAAAUGGAGAAACAGACAGGUUAAGUGAUUUUCCCGAGAUUGCACAGGUAAUCAGUGAAGAAAUUCUGACUCCUUAUCUAGCACUUCUUGGCUCAUCAACAUCCAAUAAAAGUGGGCUCAAAGAGAAAGUGGUUAUGGUCUGGGGUCUACAAGGCACAGAAAAUAAAGUAAGUUAGAAAAGCUGAAAAAGAGGAAAAAAGAUUCUCCCUCCACUUAAAAAAAAACUAUUUCUCAAUGCAAAACAGAAAAGGAGAUGCUUGCCUAGGUAUACAACAGUCCAUUGGUAAUAACCUACAUUCUCCCCUAACAUGAGAGGAAACCUACUUGGUAAAUGAUGAUUCUGAUAAAUCUGGUAAAUCACAAUGAAGUUACUGACAGUUCCCAGUUGACAGCUGGGAUCUUAGUCAUCUAUUCACCUUAAUAAAACCUUGUUUUAGUAAUAUGUAUAUAUAAUUUAAAAGUUGAAUGCUGAGAGCAGCUGUGUACUUUUCCGUGUGUAAAAUUUUCAUUUGAGGACUCUGGGUAAAAGUAUGUUUUGUCAGUGCCUUUCCAUGUUAUAAGUAAUUUCAAGAGCAGACUUCAAAUUAUUGCAUUUAGGUCAAUAUGCUGAGAAGAUGUGCAAAUAACAAUGAAUAAUUGGGGCUGGGUCUUCCUGUGCAAGAUGAGAGAGAGCCAUUUUCUGUAUAAUUCUGGAUCCUUUUCCCUGCAGUGGUCUGAAUGUGCCAAGCCAAAGUUUAUGUCUUGCCUCUACUUCUCCCUGAGUGUGUAGAACUAUGCUUUUGCUCACAGAGAAAGUUGGGGCUGUGCGUGUGUGUGGCUGAAAAGCCCAGACAGAGGGUCAUGGGUGCUGGGGACUUAGAGCCCCUGGGUCACCUGCUGGUCCUGUCUGGGCUCUGUGGCCCAAUUAAUCAAGGCCACAGGUGAGAUGAUACCACAGACAAAAAUGAGGAAAUAUGCCUCUCUCACCCUUUGAUCGCUUUGCCAUAUAGAUUUAACAUUUAAAGUGGGAAACAUUUUAGAAUGUCAUUAUUGUAUUACGCAGUAUUUCUUAAGAUUUCUUUUUACUGUGAUGACUUAUCGAAGAUAUAUGUGUUUGAACAGAUGUUUUUAUCCUCAAUGAAGCUCAUUCUCUUGUUGUUAAUUACAAUGGAUAAUCACAGUGACGAGCCUGUUGUCGAGUAACUGACUCCGAUUUAAGAUGACAAUGGGGUUGUGGGGAGAGGACCUGGAUUUGCUACCCAUCCUCUAGCAAGCCAAGCUGGAAGGCGGGAGGAGCUGAUACCAUCCUUGCUCUCCUCCCCAGACCUGUGGCUCAGAAUGCCCCGGAAUAAAAGCCCGCUUACAAAGAUUCCCAGGUGAUUCUGAUGUGGCCACAAUUUGGAAACCAAAAAUCUAGACCGAAGUCAUGUAUACCGUGUUGACCAAAGUCGCUGAAUGCUUGUCACUUCUAAUGCAGUUGUCAUCAGAUCUGCUCCCUGGAUUUAUCACAAUAGAAACACAGUCUUAGUGACUCAACCAUUCAACUCUUUUGAGUUUGGCUAAAUUGACCAGUCACUAAUUUGUAAGUGAACAGUAUCUGGUCAAUUUUGUCAGAAUGGAUGCAGGCCUGAAGACGGUCAGAGUGGGGAACAUAGCUUUAACCUACUUUACCCCAAGGCCAGCUCUUUAUAUGUCACUCUGGUUCAGACUAAGAGUGAUCUCAGGUCACUCAUCUUUAAAAAUAGGCAGACUGGGAAAUAGGAAGGUUGAACAAUUCAUUCAGAUUCUCCUUAGAUGUCAUUUCAUUCCCAGAGCCUAAAAUAGUUCUAAAGGGGUCUUAUUUCUCAACCUCCAGGAAAUGCCCCCAAAUGCAAAGAUCUUCGGGUUAAAAUGAAACCAAUCAAAGAAGAAAAAAAGAAGCUGAGGUUCUAAAACCAGCUGAAUAUAAAAGGGAUGGGUCAGUUGGCACUAGCUGCCUGGUGCCAGCCUCUGUUAAAUAAGGUCCCUCCAUCCUAAUGAGGGGCUUUCCCUGAUAGCUCAGUUGGUUACGAAUCCUCCUGCAAUGCAGGAGACCCCAGUUCAAUUCCUGGGUUGGGAAGAUCCCCUGGAGAAGGGAUAGGCUACCCACUCCAGCAUUCUUGGGCUUCCCUGGUGGCUCAGCUGAUAAAGAACCCACCUGCAAUGUGGGAGACCUGGGUUCGAUCCCUGGGCUGGGAAGAUCCCCUGGAGACGGGAAAGGCUACCCACUCCAGUAUUCUGGCCUGGAGAAUUCCAUGGACUGUAUAGUUCAUGGGGUCGCAAAGAGUCGGACACAACUGAGCGACUUUCACUCCUGAAUUACUCUUAAAUUACAUCCUGAUGAAGUUUGGGCCAGGCUCCUUUCCACAGCUGUGCCCAUGCAAAGACUUUCAUCAUCAGAGAUACUAGAGACCUCCUCUCUUUUCCCUGUUGUCGGGUUAAGAGACAGCUUUAGCUCUUUGGUGUGAUGUUAAAUGUUUAACAACUGGCUCUGAAGGAUGCUGGAGACCUGAUUUGUAGGACUUGCCAAUUUCCAUGCUCUAGAUACUCUCCCUCAUAGCCAAUUUCCAACUACUAACUCGAUGUCAACCAGCUGAAAUGUCACAAUAUGUUCUCAAGAGCCACUCCGAGCUGGCUCCAGCACAGCACUGCCUGAACAAUUUCUGAGUCAGUCAGCACCAAAUAAGAGGGCUAGCCGUGGCUUCCGAGGGGCUCCAUGGACCCCGCUUGCCAUAGAGAGGCAUGGCCGCCUUGAUCGAUUCUACUAAUUUUUAAUACAUUAUUGGUCCUGGAGGCUAAGGACCUUAAGGGGUUCAAAAUACCCCCUUAGCCACAUGACUCUUAGGAACCUCUCAACAGACUCCUCAGAACCUUAAGGAGUUACUAGCCACAGCCUGUCUGAUUUCUAAAGGUGACCUUCCAGGUAAACACUCCUUAAUUUAACUGCCAGUUGAAACCAUGUUUGGCUGAUCUUUCCUCAUAUUGUAUUGUCCAUCACCUCUUGCCCUAUUUGGCUAAUUUUCCCUGUCCACUUACUCCUCAACCUUCUGAUGUGGCACAAAAGUGACAGGCAUCCAGAAAUUAGUGCCUAUAAAAGAGCAGGGGGUAAGAAAAAAAAAGACAUCCCAUUAGCUUACCUGGACCCGUCACCCUUACCUGGGGAGACUCUGUGGUUCAAAGGUCUCUACCUCACCAGGGGGACACUCGGCUAAGCACUACUACCCUGCCCAGGGCUUAAGUAUGCACUCAGCCGGACUUUCUCUGCACUCGGAAAACUCACGGUGGGCUCAAAACACCAUUAAAUAAGAAUACUGCUAGGAACACAGUAAGGGAGGGCACCAUGCGAUGCCUUGCCCUCAGCGAAGCCCUUCGCUAAGGCUGGACUUUGAAAAAACCUACCAGCAAACACUUGGCCACUGCAGUCUCUGGGCACUGCGCUUGGCUUUCCUCCUUUCUCACCACUAGUCAGACGUGAAAGCCCCAUUUCCUGAGUGUUUGGAAAUCAGACACCCUCCUGAGCCACAGGACAGGCUUCGUUUGCAAAUUAAAGGUUUUAGGAUGGAAGUCAUUCUUAGGUGGGUUGAAUUAAAUCCUUUGGAAGGUGAUGCUGGGGGGAAAAAAAGUGUACUUAAUUCCUUACACAUAGCCAUAAAUUUUUAUUCUGUAUGUGCUAAAUCAAAAUUAGAUCAUAAAGGACCAAGUCUACUUUCCUUGCUGUAGUAAAAUACCCUACAGGUUCUGUAAAAUAUUUCUGGACUGUGAAGGUUUGAAACUCAACUUGGACAUUUUCUAUAUUAUGUUCAAAAAAUCAGGGUAUACCUCUGUUUUCUGUCCUUCUUAACAAUUAUCAAAAUGAGCUUGUUCCACUAUAGUUAAUACACUAUAUUUUAUUUUAAAUGAGUGGGUCCAUGUUGAAAUGCUUUUCACUGUGUUCAGAACAAUUUGCAUAUAGCCUGGGCACAAAGUAGGCGCUUAUCUGGCUCUUUUCCUGAUACACAAAGAGGGUUAACUCACAGCUACAAACAGAAGCGAUUUGACAGUGGUCCUGAGUUUACUAGGAAGAAAUUAACAGCAAAACCAGCACUGAGGAACCAGCCACCCCCACAACAUUUUCAUCUUGUGAGGUAGGGAAGAAAAUCUGGUAGAUGAUGGGAGAGAGGUUUGGUCAAUGUGUGUGGGUGAAAUAAAGUCACUUAAAUAUUUGCAGAAAGGAACAGAUUUCCCUCUGAAAUCUAGAACCUAGACCAUUUUUGCAAGGCUUAGAAUAGUAAGUACCCACGACAGAAAUGCUCUUUAACCAGAUUUCAAGAUCCAGAUCUAAGUAAGCCCUUACUAGGCAGAACGCAGCCUUACUAGCAAGAGCCCUGGGAGGGGUUUAUCGACGGGCUGAAAUCCAAAUACUGAGCGUCAGCAAUUAGCACUGAAAUUCUCCCAGGGCUCAGAACAGAAGCACUGGACCACCCCAGGGCAGCAUCACUUAUUCCCGCAGGGCAGUCCCCUAAGUCCACAGCAGAACUUCACAAAUCUAGGCAUUAACUCAGGUCUAGAUUCUAGGAGAAUGUCCUCAACGUGGAGAUGGGGCAACUGAGGUUCAGGAAACAGAGGAUGACUGAUGUUCCCAGCUUGUUAACUGGACCUAGGGCCUGGGUCUCCCAACCACUGAUUCCAUUAUACUACACCACGCAUGCUACCUGCAUUCUUUAGAUGGGAAAUUGACAAUCUAUUGUGGAAGCACGAAUCAGAAGUCAAGACAAAAGAAUGUAUACGAUAUCUCCUCUCGUUUAACCUGCUUGGUUUUACCACCUCAUUUUAGCAUCAUUUUAAGGAAUGUUAUAUCAUUGUAGGGUAAGGAAUGAAGUUCUUUAUAGAGUAAUGAUGGAACCAAAAGGUAGGGAACAGUGGUUGUAAAUUAUAGAAAUGCAGAAGAAGCAUGCGUCAGGAAAAAUAAAUGCUUCUUAAGUUGGUAUAACCGUGGAGCCCUCCCCCCACACACCGGAUGCAUUUGUUUUGGAAAAGCUACUUCCUGCUGAGAGACUGGCAUUGAAGGCCUUACUCCUUCCCAGCAAACGAGAAGACCCCUUGCUCUCUGGAAGAAGCUUCAGCCCUUAGGACUCAGACUCACCUCUCUUACUAGAGGCAGCCUCAGUCACUCUUAGAAACGAGCUGCCAGACGGACAGGGCCGUGAAGACCUGACCGAAGCCAGCACGCUGGACUGAGGAACGUGUAAAUAGCCUCCUGCCUUCUUGGUGAACAAGGAUGAUCAUCUGUUUUUGGUUUUUUUUUUUUCUUUUGUAAAGGUAAUCGCGUGUAUAUUGUGGCUGUAGUUUGUGAAGAAAAUGCAAUGAUCUGCUUCGACAGCUCCCCAGAUGUACCUGUUAAGCGUGAAUGUGCCUGCCUCAUUGCCUCCUGUGCCAAACACAGUACUGAAUGCGUUGUUUUUAAAUAAACUGUUUUAUUGUGCAUUGGAAA